UAACAGGAAGCAUGGGAUAUGUUGUUUUAUGGUCGUGAACGAUCCAACCAUACUAACCAAGCAAACAUGCUGCUGCAAAGAAAGCUUAAUUGUUUAGUUUUCAGCUAAUUUGAGUUUACAUUGGUGUCGUAACGAGAUGCUGUUCGUUCACCGUGUAAUUAACCCAACGGUUAUCUUUUUUGCCGUUUAAACAUGUGCUAAUAUGGAAGCAUGCUAACUAGCCGUAGCUAUCUUCUGUAGUCAACCAUGUUAUCUGAAUUACUGCAAGGUAUUGAGACUGGAGGGAUUCUUAUAAUACGAGACUCCUGUAGUUACUCAGGACGAGAUCUUCUGAAGAGCUUCAUCAUCGCUGCCUUAAACAGGGAGGAGGUUGUACAUGUCCUAUGUUUUGAUGUGAGUGAAGAGGAGCUGAGAGAUAGACUGAAACCAUUAGACACUCAGAGGUUGCAUAUUCACAAUGCUUAUUCGGACCCUCUCGGGUGGACUGGUCACCCAGCUUUCACAGUUCAGCAGUUCAGUUUGGAGGAUCUUACAGGCUUGAUCAAACAAACAUCACAGCCAAAGGCAGCUCUGCUGGUCAUCGACUCUCUGUCAUGGAUAUUGAGGCAUAUGACUCCGCCUACUGUCUGCAGGACACUUCAGCAACUCCGAAAAGGGGGAGCUGUGAGAGCUGUUAUUGGCCUUCUCCAUACGGAUAUGCAUCAGAGGGGCACCGUGGGAAGCGUCUGUCACUUGGCAACGUCUCUCAUCUCUGUGGCACCUGGAGUGAAGGGAAACGAAGCAGUGGCAAAAAUAACAAAGCGCUCUAAAUCAGGAAAGGUUUUGCAAGAUGAGGAGAUAUUCUGCAUCACAGAGGAUCUCACAGUCACCAUUCUGAGCAAGCCCAGCCACCCUGAACCUAAACAGAAUAACACAGAGGAAGAGCAGGCGGACCCAACAGCUAACUUGACCUUCAACCUACGACUGUCUGAUUCAGAGUUAGAGGCCAAGCAGAAACUCGCGCUUCCUUUCGUCUUCAGCAAAGAGAAGAAAACGGCUCUGCUCCAUCCAGGUCCAGGUACUGGACGAAUUCUGUAUGAGCCUGAUGCCAAUGAUGACUAUGACCAGGAAGACCCUGAUGAUGAUCUUGAUGUCUAGGCUUAAGGCAUGAUGAACUGUGUUAGCAACACUGAAGUUCUUUGCUUUUUUUCCUCUUUGCAGCUGAAAUAGCGCCGCUGUUUGAAAUUGUUUUCUUUAUGUUGUCUUAUUGAGCUUUAAAGAUGCUAAACCACAUUGCCUGUGAUUUUCUACAAGCCCUAUCUUCAUUCUUUAUAAAAAUGUAAAGGUUUUUCUUCAUUUUACACUUGAUUUUUUGUUACGUUUAGUUUACCAGGUCAAUAAACAACUGAUGCUAACUUUU